AGUUUUCAAACUUUCUGUAUUUUAAAGCUAUGAAAUUAUGUUCAUUUGUAUGGAAGAAAAUGCAGUACACUUAUUUUUGUUCAAUUCCCUUCUAAAGCAAAAUGAGCUUGGCGUUACAUUAACGGAAACCAGAUUUAAAGUAGCUCCCACGAAUGCCUUGAUUAUUUCUCAUUUUCAUGAUAUGAUUUCUGUUUGGUACGUGUGUUUAUUUGUGCCUGGAUAUUCUUCUAUCUUAUCUCUACAUGAAUGAAAAAUCUUUGAAGGUAUGGAAUCAGCAGCUACUGAUUUGGUUGAAUACAACUACGAUGCGUUGGCCUCUAUCACUGGGGGAUUCAGUGAACAAAACUUGAUUGGGAAUGCUCUAUAUGGAAAAGUGUUCCGGGGAAAAAUUCAGCAGGAUUCGGAGACGCAAGAGGUCGUGGUCAAAAUAUGGGAAGACAGUAUGAGAGAUUCGACUGCUCCAGAACUUCAAAAAUCUAGAUUUGAUAAUGAAAUCAAGUUGCUGACAAAUUCAGACGUGAAAGGGCAAUCCAAAUUUGGUGAAGUUAAUUGGAUUCUGCUGUGAAACUGAACAUCUGCGAGUUGUAUAUGAGCUAAAACCGCUGGAUACAUUAGAGAAACUAAUUCUUCAUGAUGAUUUUACAUGGCUUGCACGAAUCAAGGUAGCUCUCGAAUUUGCAUGUCUCCUCGAAUGUUUGCAUGAUCAACAACUCUUGCAUCGCAGUAUUGGCGCAGCUCAUAUAAUGAUUGACCAGGAUUUCAGUCCAAGAUUACUCGACUUCGCUAUGCUUGUUGGUGGAGGUUUUGGAGAAAUUCCUUCCCGUGAAUAUGGAUUCGGGUGUCGUGGCUAUGUUGAUCCAGUUAUCAGUUUGACAGGUGCAUGGUCUGAUAAAUCAGAUGUUUUUUCAUACGGUGUUAUACUUCUGGGGCUCAUAGCGAAAAGAGUAUUUGAUUUAAAGAAGGCAAAGGAUCUGGGAGAACUUAAUGCCGUUUAUAUCUGGGCCUGGAUGGAGUAUGGAGAACCCAACAAAAAACCUCAGUGCAGGUAUUUUAAAGGUACAGAUACAGAUACAGGAAAACCUCGGUCCAAGUUGUGGGGAAUGUUCAAGAAACAAAAGGAGACUCAGUCAAAUAAGUCACUUGUGGAUAAGUCUCAGUUGAAUAAGUCACUUGUGGAUAAAAGCCUCGAGAGUGAUGAAUACUUCGAUGCUGGUGAUGGAGUCGAAAUCACAAAACUCGCGAUGCGCUGUGUGGACUAUUAUCCAGAGGAACGACCAAUGAUGAAAGAAGUCGUUCGCUGUCUGCGAGAAUUAAAUGUGGUCAAGAAAUCCAGUCGUAUUGUAGUUCCUAAGAUGUCUGUUGGUAGCAGUGGUGGUGAUGGUAUCCUACUGCACUAGUAGUCCAGGUUUGACUUGUGGCUGGUGGAUAUGUUGCUAGUAUUUUUAUGUUGCAACCGAGUAUUAGCACUAUGUUUAUUUUAGCACAAUCAAAAUGCAAAUUUUAUAGCACUGUGUAUUUAUGUGGUACUGUUGGAAAAUGGAUACUUCCUAAUGUUAAUGGCCUAUAUAUGUUGUGUGUUGUGAAGUGCCUUUUAGGCAGUGACA